UUGCUACAAACCCAAGUGUCAUACGGCUAGUCCACUGCAAGUCUGCAACCACAAGAUCCAUCCAAUUUACUCUUCACAGAAAACCCUAACCAAGGUAGAUCGCCGACCACACUAGCACUCUCGAAGCCAGCAGCCUCUUCUCGGUAGCCGGCAAUAGCAGCAUGGCCGCCGCCAUGACUCGUCUCCUCAACUCUCCGAUCUCCGAUUGCACUAGCUUCUCCUUAAACCGCCAAUCCCCAAUUCAAACUACGCCAAAUCUCGCGAUUUCUCCUAACAAUCUCCAUCUCCCUCCUCUAUACUCUAAGACUCGCGAUUGCCGUUCAAGUUUUAAACUUUUCGCCUCAUCUGGUAAUGGAGAUAUCGGGAUAGGAUCCGGCGGCGGAACUGGGGGUUCAGGAGGCGGCGAUCGGUGGAGCUCUGGAGGAGGAGACGAAAGUUCGGACGAUAAGAGAGACACUUUUGGACCAUUGGGCCUGUUUUUGAAUGGAUGGAGAUCUAGGGUUCAAGCUGACCCGCAGUUCCCAUUCAAGGUCCUGAUGGAGGAAUUAGUAGGCGUGACUGCUUGUGUGCUCGGAGAUAUGGCCUCUCGCCCGAACUUCGGCCUCAACGAAUUGGAUUUCGUUUUCUCAACCCUCGUAGUCGGUUCAAUUUUGAAUUUCGUUCUCAUGUACAUUUUAGCACCAACUGCUGGCGCCUCUGCAUCUUCCGGUCUACCUUCGAUUUUCGCUAAUUGCCCGACGAGCCACAUGUUCGAACCCGGAGCAUUCACUCUGUUUAACCGAUUGGGUACUUUUGUGUACAAGGGUGUACUAUUUGCCGCCGUUGGAUUCGCUGCAGGACUGGUAGGUACUGCCUUGUCAAACGGAUUGAUCGCGAUGAGGAAGAAGAUGGAUCCGGAAUUUGAGACCCCAAACAAGCCCCCGCCAACGCUGCUGAAUGCAGGUACUUGGGCACUUCACAUGGGUUUGAGCAGCAAUUUUAGGUACCAAACGUUGAAUGGGUUCGAGUUCGUGUUGGCGAAAGGAAUGCCGCCUUUGGUUUUCAAAGUGUCUGUAGUGAUCUUAAGGUGUUUGAAUAAUGUCCUUGGUGGGGUUUCGUUUGUGAUGUUAGCGAGGAUGACUGGGUCGCAGAUUGGAGGGAAGGCAGAGGCUGAUACUGUUGAGGAGGUGAAGGAGAAGUUGGUGGGUAAUGGUAGUGACUCUAAUUAGUUGGGAUUUUUUUGUUUUCCUCCUCUCUUUUAGUGAAUUAGUACGAAUAAAAGUCAUUUGGUUGAUUUUGCUAUAGAGGGUGAUUUUGCUAUGCAGCAUUGUUUAUGACAGUGAUAAAUCUAGGAUAACAAGUUUUGGUUUUGAUUAUAAUGUAUGUCGGAUGGUUUUCUGAAAAUGUCAUGGUAAAAAAUCCCUAAACUUA